AUGCUUCCCCGAGGAAUAAAAUCAGUGCUGACCAAAACGGCAUCAGACGUCGUCGUCCUCUCGUCAAUCCGCACCCCCAUCUGCCGCGCAUACAAGGGCCAGCUCAAGGACGCCUACCCGGAAGAGCUUCUGUCGGUGGUCUUGCGGGCGACUCUGUCCGACGCGAGAGCCAUGGGGCUGCGGGACGCGGGGGUGAUUGACGACGUGGCAGUGGGCGUGGUGCUGUCGGAGCUGGGCGGGUCCAAGGCGGCGCGCAUGGCCCUCAACCACGUCGGGUACCCCAACUCCACAUCCCUUUACACGGUCAACCGAGCGUGCUCGUCGUCCCUGCAGGCCAUCGCCCUGAUCGCGGCCCAGAUCCGCACCGGGGUCAUAUCGGCGGGGAUAGGCGCGGGCAUGGAGAGCAUGACGCGCAACUACGGCAGCCGCGCCGUGCCGCAGGACGUGUGGCCGGCGCUGCGCGAGUCGCCAAACCGGCACGCACGGGACUGCGUGAUGCCCAUGGGCCUGACUUCGGAGAAUAUCGCGGCGCGGUACAGCGUGUCGCGGGCCGACCAGGACGCCUUCGCCGCUGAGUCGCACCGCCGGGCGGCACGGGCGCGCGGUUCCGGGGCCUUCGACGCCGAGAUACGCCCCGUCACCACGCGCUUCCGGCCCGUCGACAGCGAGAGCGGACGCACGGGUGAGGAGGAGCGCACCGUCACCGUCACGGCCGACGACGGCAUCCGCGAGGGCGCGUCGACCCAGGCCCUGGCCAGGCUACGCCCCGCCUUCCUCCCCGAGGACCAGGGCGGCACCUCCACGGCCGGCAACUCGAGCCAGGUAUCGGACGGCGCGGCGGCCACGCUCCUCAUGCGCCGCGGUACGGCCGCCCAGCUCGGCCUGGACGGCCACAUCAUCGGCCGCUUCGUCUCGGCCCUCAGCGUGGGCUGCGACCCGGACGAGAUGGGCGUGGGGCCCGCCGUCGCCAUCCCCCGCCUGCUCGGGCAGCACGGCCUAGACCUCUCGGAUAUCCACCGCUGGGAGAUCAACGAGGCCUUUGCCAGCCAGGCCAUCUACUGCGUGCGCCGGCUGGGGCUGCAGUCCGCCUGGGAGCGGGGGAGGGUCAACCCGGAUGGGGGCGCCAUCGCGCUCGGCCACCCGCUCGGUGCGACGGGUGCGAGGAUGACGAGCACGCUGCUGCAUGGCCUGGCUCGCGAUGGUGGUGGUGAGCUGGGUGUUGUCAGUAUGUGUGUUGGGACCGGGAUGGGCAUGGCAGGUCUGUUUGCGAGGGAGUAG